AUGUUGCUGCUUACUUUGUCUUUCCUCUGCGCGGCGUCGGCCGAGCGGGACCCGUUCAGCAUCCAUAUGGCGUGCGAGCAUGCCUUCGAGCGCUUCGUCGGCCUCUACGGGAAGGCCUACGACACGCCCGGGGACCGGCUGGAGGCGGAGCGGAACUUCUGCAUGCACCUCGAGCACCUCCGCAGGCUCCGCCGGGAGGGCCACGAGCACGUCACCUUCGGGAUCACGUCCCGGAUGGACCGCCACCCGCGCGCCGGCCUCCUCCCGCCCCGGUCGCUGGGGGGUGGCGAGUGGAGCGCAGCCACGAGUACGUGCACACGAGAUAGCAAAUCGAAUAAGUACACCAACUGCAACGUCGAUGCCUACGAGCUGGGGCCGGACCUGAAGGGAGACACUCAAGCUAAUUCACAGAGUGCCAACGCUGACGAUAAGAGCAAGAAGCAGGACAGCUUCUUCCUCGUCGACGUGCGGGACAUGAACGUCAACGGCAGGCAGCGGACGCUCCCCCACUCCGUCGACCUCCGCGAGGUGGGCCUCGUGACCCGCGCGAAGGACCAGGGCCUGUGCGGCUCCUGCUACGAGUUCACGACCAUCGAGGUCCUCGAGAACCUGAUGCUCGUCGACGCAGACCUCUACACGAGGGGGAAGUACCUCGAUCCCCAGCCCUUUCCGUCGAACUACUUCUGCAACUGCUCGGCCCCUGCGAGUCAGGACGGGGACCAGAAGAGUACUGACUGCACCACAGGACUAAUAACUGUUACAAAUCGCACCGAACAGGACUAUACCGACAUCCCCGAGAACUGGAAGUCCUACAGCGCGUCCACCCUGCGCCUCUCCGUCCAGUUCCUCCUCGACAACCUCAUCGGCGGGAACUACUGCAACGGGGGGAACUACUUCCGCGCCAUCGCAGACUUCGUUAACAAGCUGAGCAAGCUCGCGAAGGAGUCCGAGUGCAUCUACAGGGAGUACGCGACGCCCGAGAAGGCCGCCCCAGACGAUGGUACUAAGUGUCAGGACACCAACAUAGGAGACUUCAACCCUGCCUUCGUCUCCAUGCCGAUGAAGAAGAAGGGCAGCUCUUCUAAUUCUGGGGCUGCAGGUAGCGAUGAAUACGAGUAUGAUGUCAAUGGUGGCUCAGGCACCCCCAAGAAGUUCGGCGUCUACCAGAUCCUGCGGAACGAGGGCGUGCCGGCCUCGGGGCUCAUCAUCGAGGAGAUGGACAAGGGGAAGUUCGCCGAGUGGGAGCGGAACGUCAUGAACGUCCUGGCCCGCGGGGUCGGGGUCGCGGCGGCCAUGCACACAGAGUCCGGCGUCGACACGUCGAUCGACAAGGACUACGAGUCCGUCGUCGCCUCUGCGCUGACGUUCAACCUCUACAAGGGCGGCGUCUUCCCCGACGUCAAGUGCGUGCGCGCGACCACGAACCACCAGGUCAUGCUCGUCGGCUACGGGGCCUACAAGGGCCGGCCCGUCUGGAUCCUGCGCAACUCGUGGGGGACCGGCUGGGGCGUCUCGGGCUACUACUACAUCGGCCGCGGCUCCAACUCGCUCUGCCACGAGCUGACCGUCGAGUACACGAUGCCCCGCUUCUACGGGCCCGACCGCGACGGCGUCCACCCGCUCUUCCUCUCCGCGCCCGACGAGGCCCAGAAGGUCGCCAUCGCAGACGCCGUCCGCGCCUCCCCGUUCAACAACAAGGUCAAGCGGUGCGUGAACGGGCUGGACACGGUCGACGCGCACGGAGGCACGAUGUGCGAGGCUCUCGAGGUCAGCGCGUGGAACUACGUCCUGGUGGGGGCCCUGGCCAUCGUCAUCUUCUUCCUCGGCCGGUACUGCAUGCAGUACUACUUCUGCGCGCCGGAGUACAUCUUCCACAGCCCGCUCAACCUGAACCUUCCGCACAAGGGCGUGUAG